CUAAGUUUGAGGAAAACAAUGCAACAACACAUGGGGUUUGAGCUAGAUUAAUGCCAAACAAGUCGUGCAUGAUUCAAUGCUGCAGAAAAUAUUAGGCAAAAGAACAGAACCCCGAGGCAGAGGUGGUGGUGCUUGUUCACUCCAAAAUCGUAUAAAAAAUAUCUAUCUUGUCUCCUUUUCUUGCUUUAAUACAAAGCAAGUAUAAUAGUGAACCUAGCAACAACUAUGGUCACACAAUAACAAUAACAACUUCAAGAAAGUAGGUAGUGAGAGUAAAAAAAGGAAAACAACAAAGAGAGACCCAAUGCAAAACCAAGAGUUGAUAAGCUUCUGGUUGAGUUUUUGAGGGAAUUGCCAAUGUCAAUGCCGAGGCAAGCCUUGAGCAACCAAAAUCACAACCAAAUGUCGAGGCAAGCUUUCAUCACAAACCAUCACCAUCUUCACUAUGUUCUUCUUCUUCUCUUUGCACUUCUUGUUCCUCUUUCCUUUGCUGCAAAUGAUGAAGUUACUGCAUUGGUUUCAUGGAUGCAUAGCUCCUCCUCCGAUGUUCCUUCAGCUUUUUCUAGUUGGAACCCUUUGGACUCCAAUCCUUGCAAAUGGUCUUACAUCAAAUGCUCUUCACCAAGCCUUGUUGUCACUGAGAUAACCAUUCAAAAUGUUGAGUUAGCACUUCCCUUCCCUUCAAAAAUCUCUUCUUUUCCCUUCCUUCAAAAGCUGGUCAUUUCUGGGGCUAACCUCACUGGAACUAUCUCGGCUGACAUAGGGAACUGCCCUGAGCUUGUAGUCCUUGACCUUAGCUCAAAUAGUCUUCAGGGUGGCAUUCCUUCAAGUGUUGGAAAACUCAAAAGCCUCCAAAAUCUGAGCUUGAACUCUAACCUUCUCACUGGGCCAAUCCCAAGUGAGCUUGGUGAUUGUGUCAAUCUCAAGAACCUUGACAUCUUUGAUAAUAGUCUUAGUGGGGAAAUUCCAGUGGAACUGGGAAAGUUGUCAAAUUUGGAGGUUCUAAGAGCAGGAGGGAACAGUGACAUUAUGGGGAAGAUUCCAGAUGAACUAGGAGAUUGUAAGAAUUUAACAGUGUUAGGUCUUGCUGACACAAAAAUUUCUGGCUCAUUGCCUGCUUCAUUGGGUAAGCUAACCAUGCUUCAGACCUUGUCUAUUUAUAGUACUAUGCUCUCUGGUGAGGUUCCUCAUGAAAUUGGGAACUGUUAUGAGCUUGUGAACUUGUUUUUGUAUGAGAAUGACCUCUCUGGCUCUCUGCCAAGGGAGCUUGGUAAGCUUCAGAAGCUGGAAAAGAUGCUGCUGUGGCAAAACAACUUUGUUGGGGAAAUUCCGGAGGAAAUUGGAAACUGCAGAAGCUUGAAGAUUCUUGAUGUGUCGUUGAAUUUUCUCUCUGGUGGAAUACCUCAGAGUUUGGGGCAGCUCUCAAAUCUUGAAGAGCUUAUGCUGAGUAACAAUAACAUUUCUGGUUCAAUACCACCAGCUCUCUCCAAUCUCACAAACCUCAUACAGUUGCAGCUGGAUACUAAUCAGCUAUCAGGUCCAAUUCCACCUGAGCUUGGAAGCUUGACAAAGCUAACAGUGUUUUUUGCUUGGCAGAACAAACUUGAAGGUGGCAUUCCAUCAGAAUUAGGAGGUUGUGGAAGCCUUGAGGCUUUGGAUUUGUCAUACAAUGCACUCACUCAUAGCUUACCCCCAGGUCUGUUUAAACUUCAAAAUUUAACAAAGCUUUUGCUAAUCUCUAAUGAUAUUUAUGGUCCAAUUCCUCCUGAGAUUGGCAACUGCAGUUCUCUCAUUCGCCUCAGGCUCGUAGACAACAGAAUCAGUGGGGACAUACCAAGAGAAAUUGGCCUCCUCAGUAGCCUCAAUUUCCUUGAUCUAUCUGGAAAUCACCUUACUGGGUCUGUGCCAAUUGAGAUUGGAAACUGUAAAGAACUACAAAUGCUGAAUCUGAGCAAUAACUCACUUUCUGGUGUUUUGUCUAGUUAUUUGUCUUCUCUCACAAGGCUAGAGGUGUUGGAUGUUUCUAUGAAUAACUUUUCUGGUGAGGUUCCAAUGAGUAUAGGUCAACUCACUUCACUUCUUAGAGUAAUCCUUAGCAAAAACUCUUUCUCUGGGCCAAUUCCCUCCUCACUUGGGCAAUGUCUUGGUCUUCAACUUCUGGACCUUAGCAGCAACAAGUUCUCAGGGAGCAUCCCACCAGAACUGCUUCAAAUUGAAGCACUAGAUAUUUCUCUAAAUUUGAGUCACAACGCAUUAUCUGGAAUAAUCCCACCAGAGAUUUCUUCUCUGAACAAGCUCUCAGUUCUAGACCUUUCACACAACAAUUUUGAAGGUGACUUGAUGGCAUUUUCAGCCCUUGAAAAUCUUGUUUCUCUGAACAUUUCCUACAACAAGUUCACUGGCUAUCUACCAGACAUCAAGUUAUUCCACCAACUAUCAGCAACAGACAUGGCUGGAAACCAAGGUUUGUGUCCUAAUGGUCAUGAUGCAUGUUUUGUUAGCAAUGCUGCAAUGACAAAAAUGCUGAAUGGAACUAAUUCUAAGAAGUCAGAGAUAAUCAAACUUGCCAUUGGAUUGCUCAGUGCCUUGACAGUUGUGAUGGCGAUUUUCGGAAUUGUUACUGUCUUUCGAGCAAGGAAAAUUAUUCAAGCAGACAAUGAUUCUGAGAUGGGAGGAGAUUCAUGGCCUUGGCAGUUCACACCAUUCCAAAAGGUAAACUUCUCUGUGGAGCAAGUCUUGAAGUGUUUGGUGGAAUCCAAUGUGAUUGGAAAGGGGUGCUCAGGGAUCGUUUAUCGUGCAGAAAUGGAAAAUGGCGAUGUCAUUGCUGUGAAAAGGCUAUGGCCAACAACAAUGGCUGCAAGAUAUGACGGUCAAAGUGACAAGUUAGCUGUUAAUGGAGGGGUGCGUGAUUCCUUUUCAGCCGAGGUGAAAACUCUCGGUUCAAUUCGCCACAAGAACAUUGUGAGGUUCUUGGGGUGCUGUUGGAACAGAAAUACAAGAUUGCUUAUGUAUGAUUACAUGCCAAAUGGGAGCCUUGGAAGUCUACUUCAUGAAAGAAGUGGAAACUGCUUGGAAUGGGAAAUCAGGUUUAGGAUAAUACUAGGAGCAGCUCAAGGUGUGGCUUAUUUGCACCAUGACUGUGCUCCUCCCAUUGUUCACAGGGACAUCAAGGCCAACAACAUCCUCAUAGGCCCUGAAUUUGAACCAUACAUUGCUGAUUUUGGGCUUGCAAAACUAGUUGAUGAUGGAGACUUUGCAAGAUCUUCUAGCACACUAGCUGGUUCCUAUGGUUACAUUGCUCCUGAGUAUGGCUAUAUGAUGAAGAUAACAGAGAAAAGUGAUGUUUAUAGCUAUGGUAUUGUUGUACUAGAAGUACUAACUGGGAAGCAACCAAUUGAUCCAACAAUACCUGAUGGACUCCACAUUGUUGAUUGGGUAAGACAGAAGCGAGGUGGAGUUGAAGUGUUAGAUGAAAGCCUGAGAGCUCGGCCAGAAUCCGAAAUUGAGGAAAUGUUGCAGACAUUAGGAGUGGCUUUGCUGUGUGUGAACUCAAGCCCUGAUGACAGACCAACCAUGAAAGAUGUUGUGGCAAUGAUGAAGGAAAUUAGGCAGGAGAGAGAGGAGUGUGUGAAAGUUGACAUGCUUCUUGAUGCAUCUUCUGCAAAUGAUUAUCAACAAGAAAGAAAUCAUGAUCAUUCCAAUGGAGAACCAAUGUCAAUGUCAAUGAUAAGCACCAGCAGCAACACAAAUCUGCAUCUGCAUUACUCACCCCGUCGCCCUCAAACACCAAACUAACUUUCGAAUGGUCAAUGCUAGUAAUGUGGCUAGGGAACUAAGAUUUCCUUAGCAAGAAUGGCUUCUAUCAUGUUGUCAUUAAUUCAGCUUCAAUAUUUUGGUUUGUAUGUGUAUAAGGAUAAAAUCAUAAUAAUUGUCAGCAUUGAAGUAAUCUUUGUUUAUCA